CCAAAUCUGAAAACAGUAAAAGCAAUGCAAAUUAAAAAAAAAAAUAAGAAACAAAAUUAGAAAGCGUAAACCGAAUUCAAAAAGGCCACACAAAAAGCAAACACCACAGACAAGCAAAAUCAAUCCACUUCACCUCACCGCCAUCAACGGCCAUUCUUUGUCCAUAUUCCAACUUCAACCACCCUCACUCCAUCGCCGGAAACCUGACGCCUCACCGGCCGGAAAAACAAAACAAAACAUGAAACCAUGACUAUGUCGUCUCCUCCUCCUCCACAGCAACACCAACCCCAAAUAAUCCGUAAAUUGAUAGUCGACGUGGUUGACGCUCGUGACCUCCUUCCCAAGGACGGCCAAGGAAGCUCGAGUCCCUACGUCGUCGCGGACUUCGACGGCCAGAAAAAGCGAACAUCGACGGUAUUCAGAAAUUUGAAUCCUGUAUGGAACGAGAGUCUCGAAUUCAUCGUCUCGGAUCCGGGGACGAUGGAGUUGGAAGAGCUUGAAAUCGAGGUAUUCAAUGACAAGAAGAAUAGCAAUGGGAGUGCGAGGAAGAAUCACUUUCUAGGGCGUGUGAAGAUGUACGGAAGCCAAUUUGCCAAGAAAGGGAAUGAAGGGUUGGUUUACAGUCCUUUGGAGAAGAAGAGUGUGUUCAGUUGGAUCAGAGGAGAGAUUGGAUUAAGAAUUUACUACUAUGAUGAGAUGGUUGAGGAGGAGCCUAAGACUGAAGAACCGCCGCCGCAGGAGAAGGAAGCGGUGGUGACGCCGGUGGUUGUGGAUGUUCCUAUGCCGACGCAGGUGGCAAUGGAAGGAUCAAUGUCGCCACCGAUUGUUACUAUACUGGAGUCCCCGCCGGCUGCGACGGUCCAGAUGGAGCAUCAUCAUCCUCAUCAUGUACCUCCGGUGGUCCAGCAGGAAGUGCGUCAGUUUCCGGCAGAGGUGAGGAAGAUGCAGGUAGGGGGUGUAGGUCCUGUUGGAGUUGGUUCUGUUGGAUGUCAAAACGAAAGAGUGAGAGUUCUCAGAAGACCAAACGGUGAAUACGCGCCGAGAGUGAUCACCGGAAAGUUCGCCGGCGAAUCGGAGAGAAUGUCGAACUUCGGCCUCGUCGAGCCGAUGCAGUACCUCUUCAUCAGAAUUGUGAAAGCUCGUGGACUCACACAGAAUGAGAAUCCGUUCGUAAAGAUCCGUACAUCGGGCCAUUUCGUUAAAUCGAAACCGGCGAGUUACAGACCGAACGAGCCGUCGACAAACCCCGAGUGGCACCAGGUCUUCGCUCUCGGACACAACAAACCAGAUUCAGCCAGUUCGACUCUCGAGAUCUCCGUCUGGGACGGACCGACGGAGCGCUUCCUCGGCGGGGUAUGCUUCGAUCUCUCAGACGUUCCGGUUCGUGAUCCGCCGGAUAGUCCACUAGCUCCUCUGUGGUACCGCCUCGAAGGCGCCGACAAUUCACAUUCUGGCUGUGUCUCCGGGGACAUGCAGCUCUCCGUUUGGAUCGGAACUCAAGCCGACGAUGCGUUUCCCGAAUCUUGGAGCACCGACGCACCGCACGUUGCUCAUACGCGCUCAAAGGUCUAUCAGUCUCCGAAGCUUUGGUAUCUGAGAAUUACAGUCAUCGAAGCUCAAGACCUACACAUUGCUCCCAAUCUACCUCCAUUGACAGCUCCUGAGAUUCGAGUCAAAGCACAGCUAGGGUUUCAGUCCGUAAGAACCAGGCGAGGAGCGAUGAACAAUCACAACUCCACGUUCUUCUGGCACGAAGACCUCGUGUUCGUCGCCGGCGAGCCAUUCGAAGACCAGUUGAUCCUGCUCGUCGAGGACUGUACCGCCAAAGAUCCAGCGCUUCUCGGCCUCAUCAUGAUUCCUGUGUCUUCAAUCGAGCAACGGCUGGAUGAACGACACGUGGCCUCCAAGUGGUUCGGAUUGGGAGGUGUUGGAGGAGCAGCAAAUGGGUCCUCCUACUGUGGGCGCAUACACUUGAGGCUCUGCUUGGAGGGUGGGUAUCACGUGCUCGACGAGGCCGCUCACGUGUGCAGUGACUUCCGGCCGACGGCAAAACAGCUCUGGAAGCCGGCGAUCGGAAUAUUGGAGCUCGGCAUCCUCGGCGCUCGUGGUUUGCUUCCGAUGAAAACGAAGGGUGGCGGAAAAGGGUCCACCGAUGCUUACUGCGUCGCGAAGUAUGGGAAAAAGUGGGUCCGCACCAGGACCAUCACUGAUAGCUUUGAUCCUCGCUGGAACGAGCAAUACACGUGGCAGGUCUAUGACCCGUGUACCGUGCUGACAAUAGGGGUCUUUGACAACUGGCGUAUGUUCGCUGACGUGUCAGAGGACAAGCCCGACUACCGUAUAGGAAAAGUCCGUAUACGCGUAUCUACAUUGGAGAGCAACAAGGUGUAUACCAAUUCCUACCCGUUACUGGUGUUGUUACGGACCGGGUUGAAGAAAAUGGGAGAAAUUGAGGUUGCAGUUCGGUUUGCCUGCCCGUCAUUGUUGCCAGAGACGUGUGCAGUUUAUGGGCAGCCUUUGCUUCCGCGAAUGCAUUAUCUUCGCCCACUUGGGGUGGCUCAACAGGAGGCAUUACGUGGGGCAGCCACUAAAAUGGUGGCGGUGUGGCUUGCAAGGUCGGAGCCACCACUGGGGCCUGAAGUUGUUCGGUACAUGUUGGAUGCGGAUUCGCACACCUGGAGCAUGAGAAAGAGUAAAGCCAAUUGGUUCCGGAUAGUGGCUGUGCUAGCAUGGGCGGUCGGGUUAGCAAAAUGGAUAGAUGACAUUCGGCGGUGGAGGAAUCCGGUUACAACGGUUUUAGUCCAUGUGUUGUACUUGGUUCUUGUUUGGUACCCGGAUUUGAUAGUCCCAACCGGGUUCUUAUACGUGUUCUUGAUCGGGGUAUGGUACUAUCGGUUCAGACCUAAAAUACCAGCCGGGAUGGAUAUCAGACUUUCUCAAUCCGAGACUGUUGACCCGGAUGAAUUAGAUGAAGAAUUCGACACAAUUCCGAGCUCAAAACCACCCGAAAUCAUCAGGAUCCGGUAUGACCGGUUGAGAACAUUGGCUGCAAGGGUCCAAACAGUGUUGGGUGAUUUGGCGACACAAGGAGAGAGGGUCCAAGCGUUGGUGAGCUGGAGGGACCCACGGGCCACAAAGUUGUUUGUAGGGGUGUGCCUUGCAAUAACAGUGGUACUGUAUGUGGUGCCACCAAAAAUGGUAGCAGUGGCACUAGGGUUUUACUUUUUGCGCCACCCAAUGUUCAGAGACCCCAUGCCACCAGCUAGCUUGAACUUCUUUAGGCGACUUCCAAGCUUGUCUGAUCGGUUAAUGUAGUAAAAGUAGGUGUAGUAGAUGAUGAGUAGAAAAUUUGGGCAUUGUGGAAGUGGUGGUGGAGGACAGAGAGUAAAGAAACAAUUGGGUUUUCAUUCAACUGUUGGUGUUGAAAAAGUGUGGGGUUUAAUAACAAACAUCAUUGUAACAAGUGAAAAAGAGAGUGGGGUUAAAAGGCAUGUGGGAAUGGGGUUUUGUUUCUUGUUUUGUAUUGAGAGAUUGAAAGCAUUAUUAAAUAAGGGAAGGAAAAAAAAAAACAAAGGGAGGUGGAGAACAAAGAUGGUGAAAGGUUUGAAGGGGAGAUUUUAAAUGAGAGAGAGUUUGUUGUAAUUUGUGUCGCGGAAAGUGUUAACAUUGAUUUGCAUUCUAACAUAUAAAAUUGGACAAGUCCCGUUAUAAUUU